AUGGAGCGAGGCAAUGAGACCUUGGUGAGGGAGUUCAUCUUCCUCGGCUUCUCUUCUCUGGCCGGGCUGCAGCGGCUGCUCUUUGUUGUCUUCCUGCCCCUCUACCUCUUCACUCUGGGCACCAAUGCCAUCAUCAUCUCCACCAUCGUGCUAGACAGAGCUCUUCACACCCCCAUGUACUUCUUCCUUGCUGUCCUCUCCUGCUCUGAGACCUGCUACACCUUCGUCAUUGUACCCAAGAUGCUGGUUGACCUGCUGGCCCAGAAGAAGACCAUCUCCUUCCUGGGCUGUGCCAUCCAGAUGUUCACCUUCCUCUUCCUCGGCUGCUCUCACUCCUUCCUGCUGGCAGCCAUGGGGUAUGACCGCUACGUGGCCAUCUGUAACCCUCUGCGCUACACGGUGCUCAUGGGCCCCGGGGUGUGUGUGGGACUCGUGGCUGCUGCCUGUGCCUGUGGCUUCACUGUUGCACAGAUUAUCACCUCCCUGGUAUUCCACCUGCCCUUCCGCUCCUCUAACCAGCUCCACCACUUCUUCUGUGACAUCGCCCCUGUCUUCACGGUGGCAUCUCAUCAUACCUACCUGAGUCAGAUUGUCAUCAUCAUGCUCUGUGCACUGGUCUUGGUUAUCCCCCUGCUCUUGAUUUUGGUGUCCUACAUACACAUCAUUGCCGCCAUACUCCAGUUUCCUUCCACAUUAGGCAGGUACAAAGCCUUCUCCACCUGUGCGUCCCACCUCAUUGUAGUCACCAUCCAUUAUGGCUGUGCCUCCUUUAUCUACUUAAGGCCCAAGUCCAACUACUCCUCGAGCCAAGAUGCUAUCAUAUCAGUCUCCUACACCAUCCUGACUCCAUUGUUCAAUCCGCUGAUUUACAGCUUGAGAAAUAAAGAGUUCAAGUCAGCCCUUCAUAGAGCUGUGGCAAGAACCCUUUCCCUGCCACAAUGUUAA